AUGCCAGCCGGCCGCUACCAGCGCUCCGCAGCCAGUCACCCGGGGGGUGAGCGUCGAGCGCUCCGGGCGCAGCCGCCCGGCGGCAACCGGCCGAGUGCCGGACGGUUCAGCUCGCUCCCCUUCGACACGAAGCCGCGCGACCAGUCGCGGACUGCCGCGGAAGAGCUUCGGCUCGCAGCUCCCGGUAGCCUCCGGUUACCCGACGCCCCCAACGUCCCGACAUGUUUACCUGCCGACGACGAGGCCUCGAGAGACCCCCUGGCUUCUGAAGGAGACAUAGAACCAGGGGCGGCAGAGAUAUAUUUUGACAGAACACGAUUUGGGUUCUUCGCCACUGUGUCAACAGAAACAGCAAUUGCUGCCCUGGCGGGACGAGUCGGUACCGACGGGGAACUGUCGCAGUAUCGGAUGCACGAGAGCGCACCUCACAGCAACUGUAAUACUGCAGCGAGACAGAGUGUCGGGGAAAACUUUGAAUGUAGUUCGUGCUCUUCAGCUUUCACGUUAAAGCACAGCCUCGUACUCCACGUGUUCACCCACGUACCGGGUGUGCCACCUCCGGACCACAUCUGCAGAGUGUGCGGGGAGGUGUUCGACGACGCGGAGUCUCUGCUCGGACACGCGACUGCUCACGAGGACGGGCUGCGGGGGGCUCUUCGGACUUCCGGAAGAUCCGAGCCGCCUCCCGACGGACGGAAGCCCCGAAAACGUCCUCACAGCUGCGAUACGUGCGGCAAGGCCUUCCCGACGCCCCAGAGCCUGAACAUCCACGCGCGGACUCACUCCGGGGAGAGGCCGUACGACUGCGAAAUUUGCGGCAGAGCUUUCGUACAGUGGAUUCACCUGCACAACCACAAAAUUACGCACUCCGACGAGAAGCCUCACCGCUGCGAAAUCUGCGGGAGGACCUUCGGCCACUCCGACAGCCUGAAGAGGCACCUGCGGCUGCACACGGGCGAGACGCCGUACCGGUGCGACGUUUGCGGGUUGUCCUUCUCUCUCUUGGACAAACUCAAAACGCACAGGCAACUCCACACCGGAAAGAAAAAGUACAGUUGCGAAAUUUGCGGGAGCUCCUUCGCCACACCGAACAGCCUGAAGGCGCACACGCGGAGGCACACGGACGAGAGGCCUUACGGCUGCGACGUCUGCGGCGAAACCUUCAUGUGGUCUGCGACUCUCAAGAGGCACAGACUUACGCAUACGGGCGAGAAGCCCUACAGCUGCAAUCUGUGCGAGAGGCAGUUUGCCGAGCUGAACACUCUGAAGAGACACUUGCAGAGUCAUUCCGGCGAGAGGCCUUAUAGCUGCGAACUUUGCGGAGCGACGUUUUGCUACCUCAGCUCUCUCAAUGCACACGGCAGGGUGCACACGGGUGAGAAGCCGUACAGCUGCGACAUAUGCGGCAAGUGCUUUGCGGUGUCGAGUCACGUGAAACGCCACCGGCGGGUGCACGCGAACGGCCCGGAGGCGCAAAUCUCGUAAGAGCCCUUCCUCUUUCACUAAUGGCACUAGUAACGGAUACGUGCGUUUACGAAGAGACUCGAGAUAUUCUAAAUUGCUCUCGGGGCAAUGUUGUUACGUUUUGCACCGGCGAAUGGAGUUUGCGAGUUCCCAGUGUUGCCGACAGUGGCUCGGCAAUCAGAUUUUUGGCAUGUAUCCGAGAAUGUUAUUGA